UGUGCUCUAGGCCCACAUUAACCAUAUACCCCAUCAUUCCCCAGCUCCUCAAACUGUCCAUACCUUCUUUCCUAUAAUAUGAUCAUUUCUAAAAUAGGCAACAGCUAAACUGCCAGUGGAUAAGGAAAAUGCCAGGAAAGCUAAAGUGCUGUUGGAUUUCAACAGCAGGUAUAGUGUUCAGGUAAAAAGAGAUUUGGAGAGCCAGGAAUGGGAAACUCCAUCAAUCUAAAGCAAGAUUUCUCUUUCCCAUGAACACAUGUAUUCUGCCAGAUUUCUCCUAAACUAACCCUCUCCUCUCUCCCUCAUUCAGAUCCCAGGUUCUCCUGUCUCCUAGAACAUGAGACAGCUCCCCUAUGUAAAUCUCUCUGGAGUGUGUGUGGGUGGAGGAGCUUGGCUUCAUUCAUGGACCAUGGUCCGGGAAGGAGCUCCAGUUCCAGUAGGUAGGAAAAGAACUCGUCAUUUCCGGGGCCUUCACCAGGGCUUGGUGGCUCUCAGCUUUCUGAUUGGGUAGAAGUGGCCUAGGCAGGCUUGUGACCCUGCUGCAGGGGAGGGGCUGUGCCCCAAAGAGUGUCUUCCUACCUAUCUGCACCCCAGAGAGCUGCCUGCUGUGCACCUUGGUCCUGGAUCCCUUCUCUACCCGGAUAGAUUCCUUGGCCCACCUGUGCCCAACACCACUCUGUGCCCAAGUGCAAAAGUUCAAGCCGCCUCCAUGGCCUCAGGAAAGAUUCAGGGGAGAGGCCCCAUACAGGGAGCUACUCCAGCCAGACACCCUGGCAAGAAUGGAGCUGACUGAUCUGCUCUUGGUGGCCAUGCUUCUCCUUACUGCAAGGAUAACUCUGUCCAGCCCAGCUCCUCCUGCCUGUGACCCCCGACUCCUAAACAAGCUGCUUCGUGACUCCCAUCUCCUUCACAGCCGACUGAGUCAGUGCCCUGACAUCAACCCUUUGUCCACACCUGUCCUGCUGCCUGCUGUGGACUUUAGCCUGGGAGAAUGGAAAGCCCAGACGGAACAGAGCAAGGCACAGGACAUUCUAGGGGCAGUGUCCCUUCUAUUGGAAGGAGUGGUGGCAGCACGAGGACAGCUGGAACCCUCCUGCCUUUCAUCACUCCUGGGACAGCUUUCUGGGCAGGUUCGCCUCCUCUUAGGGGCCCUGCAGGGCCUCCUAGGAACCCAGUCAAGAGAGGCCUGGUAUGUGGGCCUGCUCUCUGGCCUCAGGCCCAUCCUCUGCCCUCAGCUUCCCCCACAGGGCAGGACCACAACUCACACGGAUCCCAAUGCCAUCUUCUUGAGCUUGCAACAACUGCUCCGAGGAAAGGUGCGCUUCCUGCUGCUAGUAGAAGGUCCCACCCUCUGCGUUCGAAGGGCCCUGCCCACCACAGCUGUCCCAAGAAAUACCUCCCAACUCCUCUCUCUAAACAAGCUCCCAAACAGGACUUCUGGAUUGUUGGAGACGAACUUCAGUGUCUUAGCCAGAGCUCCUGGCCCUGGGCUUCUGAGCAGGCUUCAAGGACUCAGAACCAAGAUUAUCCCUGGUCAGCUGAAUCAAACUACCAGGUUCACAGACCAAAUCCCUGGAUUCCUGAACAGGACACACAGACUUCUGAAUGGAACUCAAGGGCUCUUUGCUGCAGCCUCACUUCAGACCCUGGAAGCCCCAAACAUUCUGCUAGGAGCUUUGAACAAAGGCUCCCUGCCAUUCAACCUCCAAAGUGGACACCCUCCUUCUCCUACCCAUGUUCCUGCUGGACUUUUCCCUCCUUCACCUACCUUGCCCACCCAUAGGUCUCCACCCCAGAUCCAUCUGUUUCCUAAUCCCUCCACCACUGUGCCUAACUCUACCAGCCCUCAUCCAGUCGGAGUGUACCCUCAUUCCCAGAAUUUGUCUCAGGAAGCAUAAGGCACACAGGCACAGCCCACAGCCGGCAUCUGCAAGGUCUCUCAGGCACAAGCCUUCCCCUGAAGAGGCUCUGAGAGGCAGGUGCACUAGACUUCCUGUCUUCCCUGAAACCCAAAACCCUGAGAAAGGGAUACACAGGGCAAACUAUCAUAGUGUCUUAGGAGCUAUUUUUUUUUUUUUAACCUAUCAGCAAUAUUCAUCAGAGCAGCUAGUUAUUUUUGGUCUACUUUCUGUAUAAAUUUGAAAAUCACGAA